UUUUAAGUGCUACUAUACAUACCUUCUACUUUGUCUUCCCUUCAAAAAUGAGUUGUGGAGUCCAUUCUCUCUUCUCUUCUUCAUCAUUAACUUCAUUGCUUUUUUCAUUCCCAAUGAAAUACAAAUAUUUAUUGACUUUUACCUUAUAAUAAUUGAUCCUUAUAUGAGCAAAUAUUUGGUUUUGUAGAAAUGAGAAAGCUCAAUUUUGGCAAAGUGUUAGAUUGUUUUAGUAGUACUCUUUCUUCUAAUGGACCAGGAUCUUGUUUUUGUAUGAAUGAAUUUGGAGUUCAUGAUGAUGAAUUUGAAAAGAAGCCAUUGAUGAAUAAUUCACCAAAUGAUCAAGAUCAACAACAAAAUUUGGUUAGAUUGAAGGAUGUUAUUAAUGUAGGUCCUCCAACUUUGGCUUUUCAAUUGAAACCUAAGAUUGUGGUGCUAAGUGUUUCUAUACAUUGUAAUGGUUGUGCAAGGAAAGUUGAGAAACACAUCUCCAAAAUGGAAGGGGUGGAUAUGUACCAAGUAGAUUUGGAGACCAAGAAGGUUGUUGUUAUUGGAGACAUAGUACCAUUUCAAGUGUUGGAAAGUGUUUCAAAGGUUGUCAAAAAUGUGGAGCUUUCAACUUGGAACACUACUCAAUCCUUAUAAAUUAUUGGAGACAUACUUUAUGUUGAAUGCUUCCUACAAUUGUACUAUAGAAAAAUUAAAGAGGGGAAAAAAGACAAAAAAGAGAGAGCCAGAAAUAUUUAUGAUUAUUAAAGAUAAAAAAAAGCUAUGCAAUAAUGCAACCACAUGUAUUUUGUAUCUUCAGCAUAAAAAUGAAGUACCUGUAUAUUAUUGUGUGAGAUUUUAAGUGUCAUUGCUGUAGUAGAUAAUGCUAUGAUGACUUUUUGGAUUAAUAUAUUUUUUACUACUCCGGUAUAGUUAUUUCAUA